AUGUGGUGGUGGGGAGUAGGUUGGUUCUCCUAUUGGGUGCCAAGACUGUGCCUCAUGUCUGGGACACCACUUGUUUUCAUGGCACAAGUUCGUAGCAUUGGCGACAAAGACCGCUUGGCAGCUAUCCCCACGGAGGAAUUUACUGGUCACAAAAUGUCAUCGAUGACUUACGGUGGGCUUUUUCUGUUAAAUCAUGGGCUUUUUGUCUUUGCACCUGUUACCGUAUUUCCAGAACCAGUCACCGCAACGUUAUCCGCAAACCCCAGUGAGCUGGCUACCUUUCCGACUCAAGUUCUGGUGCCCCCUGCUGCCCAGUCACCAGGAACCAGAAGUCAGCUAUGUAGUCGUCGUCGCAAGCUUGCCUUCUUAGAAGCGGUCACCUCCACCGCGCCACAGCACAAGCCACCAAAAGCAACACCUUUCCCUUGGACCAACACUCAACGGUGCUGUGCUUGGCAGGUCAGCACAUCGCUUCCUGACCCUGUCCCCUCCCUUCCUCGUCUCUUGCACAGAAACCCACAACAUCACCGACAGCGGCGACACACGGCGACACACGGCGCCUCACCUUCAAUUGUACUCACACCCCGAGACGGCAUCAUAGACCCCCCCAAGUUUCCUUCGGAUAUGCUUCCUGCACCGCCGAUGCAUCCUGGUACCGUGCCAGGGCCACAAGCUUUCAACAGCUUAUCCAAUGUACCUGGACGAGAAGCCAACGGACACAACGAUGGCCACAUCCGCCGAUUCGUAUCAAACCAUAGACGUUCUUUUCCGAUCAGGCUAUCGCAGUCGACGCAACAGGCUGCCAUGCCAACUGCUCAUCUUGGUUCAUUUACACCCGAGCAUAACCUUCGCAGAAAGACGCCGGGCGGAACGGUCGAGGCGGGAUACGAUGGUUCGCCGAUUCAACCAUUCCCGGGACCACCACCAUUGAAACAGAUGAUACUCCCCAUAUCAGUUGGCUCAACAUCCUACUUUCCACCGGACUCUUUGUUGGGAUCUACACAACCGCCGCACAUCCAAUUCAAUGUGCCCGGUAGCAGUUAUAACCACGGCUCUCACCCCCCCGCAAACUUCCAGCCCGCUGCCUGGGCAUACAACGAUGCAACACCCAAUGGGUUGGAUCUUUCGACGGUUCUGAACAGUGGUUCACGCUUGCUGAAUACCAGCAAUGCCCAAGCCAUGGGUCAGCCUUCAGAUCUUUACCAGCCAGUCAUUCGAGCGCAUGAGCACAACCUCCGUGCCUUCUGCCCCCCUCCAGCUCCAACUAGUGGUUCGUUGCUAUUUGGUCAUAUGGGCUGGCACUCGGGAUCUUCGCCAUGGGACCAUAGCAACUAUGACAAAAACACCGGCCUUGGUAUUUCAUACACGACACCAGAUAUAAACCAUACCGGAUAUGGCCAACAUGGCAGCGUCGUAUCUCAGCACUCACCAUUAUACGCCAAGUAUGAAGGGCUAGAUAGAGGGACACGAUAUUCUGGACACAGUCCACGGUGGGGGUUUCAUACAUACCAAGGUCCUCGCUCAAGGACUGAUGGCCAAAGGGUGACUUCGAUCGGAGAGUCACAUCUUCGGGAGAAAGCCUUACAGCAGUCUUAUCAAAGCUAUGUGGAACUACUUUCAUAUUUGCAAGCCAGUGGCAAAACGAGUCCAACAAGAAGUAGCCCUGGCUCCUUCAAUUCGCACAAACUGCCGGCGUAUCCCAAACCACCGAAGCUACAGAGCCUUGGAAUGAUCAAAAGCGCCAACCUCGCGAACCCCAAUGCGACAUCUGCCAAUAGUAUUAGUGAAGGUUCGCCCCAGCAUGGUGGACGAUGUACUUUGGAUAGCGACCGGUCCUUACACAGUCAUGCUCCCUAUAGCCAAUUCACUCCCAGUGGUAACAACAUGUACCUUUUUGACCAAAAACUUGUCUCGGCAAACCCGAGCCUCUCAGCACCGUCUUUUAGCAAUAUAACAUCCGCAGUCCAUCCAUUGCCGAUAUCCAAUGCUCUGACAUCUCUAGACAUCCUUAAGAACCUCUGCGAACAAACCAAGUGGCAAUGGAUCGAAGCAAUAAUCAAGCUGGAUUCGGGUCAAGUUGAGGCCACUACACAUCUUGGUGCAGCUCUGUAUUGUCUUGGCCGCCAGGAUGAAGCUGAGCAGAACUGGCUUCGGGCGGUAAAGCUAGAACCAAGCUAUUUAGAUGCCACGGAACAUCUAGUAGGGCACCUGUACAAAAACCGGAGCGGGGAAGCUAUCGAAGUUAUAGCAUAUGUCCAGAAAGCUUUAGGCCCCGUUAUCGCCAGUACGAGCUCUACCCAACCAAAGGCCCCACUGCCUAUUCUAGGAAGUGGAAAUGAACUAGUUGUACCAGGCUCUCAGUCUCAAUUUCUGAAUGGGAGCAACGGUAGCAAUACCCCUGGAUUCGGAUCCAGUGGUUACUUGCUGUCUGGUAUAGAUAACGGCAGAAUGCUGGCCCUAGUUCAUGCGAAAGGCACAUUGCUCUAUAGCCAGAAGGACACUGAGCGUGCGUCGGAAGCCUUCCAGGAAGCUGUUUUGAUCAGCCUUGGACGACAAGUUACUGGGAUCCAGGAACUUAUACGUCGUAUCCAAGUCGCGCUCUCAUCACGAACAUGCCAAAAUGCCUCUAGCCAAAAGCCACAAUCUCUGCAUCCGUUGAUGUUAUCUCCAGAAAAAGCCCGGCAUACCGCCCAACUUGUUUUUGGUGGCACCGGUGAACUACCCGGUCUCCAGUUUCUCCGAAACGGGCCAUCUAAACGUGCUGCUGUGCAAACGACAAGCAAUUCAUUGCUGUCACUAGCUAAAAUCUUGCAAGACGCCAUGUCUAGUGGCAAAGUGGAUUUUGGCCUCUUUCGUGGCUCAUCGCAAGUCGGCGAUAUACUCGCUCUGUACUAUCUUUCUUUGUCGCUUCAGGAGAGUCCGUCUACAGCCAAUAAUGUUGGCAUUCUCCUCGCUGGCGUUCAACAAGGCAUUGCCACAUCCUUAAACACAGCUGGUAGAACAAUGUCGCAAACUAGCAUACCUGGUAUUGCCCCUGGAAGUGGCCUUGCCCUAGCACUUGCGUAUUAUAAUUAUGGCCUUCGACUCGAUCCGAACCAUGUUCAUCUUCAUACAAACCUUGGCAGCUUGCUGAAAGAUGUUGGUCAACUGGACCUGGCAAUACAAAUGUACGAACGCGCAGUAUCCUGUGACGGGACGUUUGACAUUGCUCUCACGAAUCUUGCCAAUGCUGUCAAAGACAAGGGCCGGAUAAACGAUGCCAUUCACUACUAUCGACGCGCAGUAAACGCGAAUCCUGGGUUCGCAGAGGCCGUUUGCGGGCUUUUUACGGCCCUUAAUUCCGUGUGCAACUGGCGUGGCCGUGGCGGUGUGUUUCUAGAAUCUGGGAAGUACGACCGGUGGCAUGUCAAUAGUGACGGAAUGCUCAUUGAUGCUCAAACUAGUGGGUGCAGCAGCGGUCUCACUAGGCGCGUCGUUGAUAUCGUGAGCCAACAACUCAAGGAUGCAUCUCACUGGGGGCAAGGCAUGUUGCGGGAAUCCGCUAUAUGUGAUUUGGCAAAGCAACUGCAACAUCUUUGCAAAGACCCGUCGUUUCGACUAGAGGAAGCCCUCCGCCGAUGGGCUGAUCAGCCAUGGGAAGGAUCUCGGCUUUUGCGACUGAUAGAGCGUGCCACACGAGUGUUAUUGAGGAAAAGCUACAGAGAUCGUUAUCUAUGUGGUCAAACUAACAAAUUGUCAUACGACAGACCGAAACUGCCGCAAAAUCUUAGUGUUCCAUCAGCACCUACAGUGCUUCCAUUUCAUACCUUCACGUGUCCCUUAACAGCGAAGCAAAUAAGAGCAAUUGCUCAACGAAAUGCUCUUCGUAUAUCGAGCUCGACACUUCGAUCACCAUGGAUACCUUCCACAAUGUACCCCCCUCCUUCCCCUCCGAAUCCGCAUUUGAAUGUGGGCUAUAUAUCCUCAGAUUUCAAUAACCACCCGUUGGCUCAUUUGAUGCAAUCCGCCUUCGGGUUCCACAACUCGGAUCGAGUCCAAGCUAUUUGCUAUGCCACCACACCAAGUGAUGGGUCUGUUCAUCGCCAGCAGAUUGAGAACGAGGCGCCGGUGUUCAGAGACGUCAGCAACUGGCCACCAGAUAAAUUGGUUGAACAGAUUACACGGGACAAUAUUCACAUAUUGGUGAAUCUAAAUGGUUACACCAGGGGUGCAAGGAAUGAAAUCUUUGCAGCCAGGCCGGCACCUAUUCAAAUGUCGUUUAUGGGGUUUGCUGGCACGUUGGGUGCUGAAUGGUGCGACUAUAUACUAGCUGACAAAACCGCGGUCCCGUCGACAACUCUUCGUCCUUGGAGAGAUAAUGUGUCAAUCGAAGAUGUGUUCUGUGACAACAAUGAAGACACCACAGGUGACUGGGUGUAUUCGGAAAAUGUUAUCUUUUGCCGGGACACUUUCUUCUGCUGCGAUCAUGCACAGUCAUGCGCAAUUGACGAGAAAGAAACUGAAUGGGCUGAGGUGGAAAGGCGGAGGUGGAGGAUGAGAAAGGAGUUGUUUCCCAAUCUUGGAAACGAUGCUAUCAUACUCGGCAACUUCAAUCAGCUCUACAAGAUUGACCCGACAACUUUUCGGGCUUGGCUACGCAUUCUGGCUCGGGUUCCACGAGCAGUUUUAUGGCUUCUUCGAUUUCCUGAACCCGGUGAGAGCAACCUACGGGCUACAGCUAAAGCAUGGGCCGGACCUGAAGUAGCAGAACGGAUCAUUUUCACAGAUGUGGCACCAAAAAGUCAACACAUUUCGCGGGCCACUGUUUGUGAUAUGUUUCUGGAUACCCCGGAAUGCAAUGCCCACACCACAGCUGCAGAUGUCCUGUGGUCCAGCACCCCACUACUUACUCUUCCCCGAUACCCUUACAAAAUGUGCUCACGGAUGGCUGCGUCUAUUCUACGUGGUGCACUUCCUCGAUCUUUGGAAGGUCAACAAGCAGCCGAGGAACUGAUUACAUACACUGAGGCAGAAUAUGAGCAGCGAGCGGCUGAUUUGGCGAAUAGUCUUAAAUACACAAUGAAUAGUGGCGGCUACGGACAAAGCAGUGGCCGUCUGGCGGACAUACGGAAACUUUUGUGGGAUAGCAAAUGGCACUGUGGCCUAUUUAAUACCCGAAGAUGGGUGAAAGACCUCGAGACAGCAUAUGAAGAGGCAUGGAGAAGGUGGAUUAAUGGUGCGGGUGGUGACAUAUACCUCUGA